AUGAAGGUCCAGACCGCCCUCCCCAUCAUCGUGGCUCUCGUCUCGGGCGCCCAGGCCGCUAGCACCAUCGUGCGAUGGCACGGCUGCGGUGGCGAGAACCAGCAGACGCAGACCAACGGCGACGACUGCACCAACGUGAGCGGCUUCAAGACGGAGAACCUGUGCAAGGUGGAGGUGCCGCCGCCCGGUACCGACCGCUGCGAGUUCUACACCACCAUGUGCGGCAACCCGUUCGGCACGACCUACUACUGCAACGCUGGACAGACGUGCGAUGCGUCGUCGUGGGAGGCGAUUGACUCGUACCGAUGCUACCAGUGA